AUGCAGCAAGUGGAAGAUCACCUGAAGUGCAGUAUCUCAGAAAUGCAGAAUCCUGAGGAAACAGUCUACAUAGAUAAGGAAUUGAACCAGAAAGAAAACUAUGACAACAGAAGAGGAGGAGGUGGACCACCAUCCAAAGAGGGAGAGGAGAUGUCUCUGAGCACAGGAAAAGCAGUGGAGAGAAACACUGCAAGGGCCCUGAAAGCCGUGCAGGAGGAGGUGGAGAGGAUUCCGAGUGAGAAGCUGGCCACCUUACAGAGCCACGUGGAAGCGGCCCCACGUGCAACGCCCCCUGCAGAGGAACUGGCCUGCCCCUGGACUUCCACCCUGCAGGACCUCUCCCAGGAAGUUCAAGCUCUGCAGAGAUCUUUGGAGAGCAUGCAGGUGUCCCUGCGGCAUGACCGCCAGCACUCCGCAGCAGACCUGGAGGGCAUAAAGUCCCAAGUGGAGAAAGCAGCGCAGGGCUCCUGGUCCGAGAGCAACGUGGCAGAGCUGGAGAGCAAACUAGGAAAGGCAGUGGAGAGAAACACUGCAAGGGCCCUGGAAGCCGUGCAGGAGGAGGUGGAGAGGAUUCUGAGUGAGAAGCUGGCCACCUUACAGAGCCACGUGGAAGCGGCCCCACGUGCAACGCCCCCUCCAGAGGAACUGGCCUGCCCCUGGACUUCCACCCUGCAGGACCUCUCCCAGGAAGUUCAAGCUCUGCAGAGAUCUUUGGAGAGCAUGCAGGUGUCCCUGCAGCGUGACCGCCAGCACUCCGCAGCAGACCUGGAGGGCAUAAAGUCCCAAGUGGAGAAAGCAGCGCAGGGCUCCUGGUCCGAGAGCAACGUGGCAGAGCUGGAGCGCAAACUAGGAAAGGCAGUGGAGAGAAACACUGCAAGGGCCCUGGAAGCCGUGCAGAAGGAGGUGGAGAGGAUUCUGAGUGAGAAGCUGGCCACCUUACAGAGCCACGUGGAAGCGGCCCCACGUGCAACGCCCCCUCCAGAGGAACUGGCCUGCCCCUGGACUUCCACCCUGCAGGACCUCUCCCAGGAAGUUCAAGCUCUGCAGAGAUCUUUGGAGAGCAUGCAGGUGUCCCUGCAGCGUGACCGCCAGCACUCCGCAGCAGACCUGGAGGGCAUAAAGUCCCAAGUGGAGAAAGCAGCGCAGGGCUCCUGGUCCGAGAGCAACGUGGCAGAGCUGGAGCGCAAACUAGGAAAGGCAGUGGAGAGAAACACUGCAAGGGCCCUGGAAGCCGUGCAGGAGGAGGUGGAGAGGAUUCUGAGUGAGAAGCUGGCCACCUUACAGAGCCACGUGGAAGCGGCCCCACGUGCAACGCCCCCUCCAGAGGAACUGGCCUGCCCCUGGACUUCCACCCUGCAGGACCUCUCCCAGGAAGUUCAAGCUCUGCAGAGAUCUUUGGAGAGCAUGCAGGUGUCCCUGCAGCGUGACCGCCAGCACUCCGCAGCAGACCUGGAGGGCAUAAAGUCCCAAGUGGAGAAAGCAGCGCAGGGCUCCUGGUCCGAGAGCAACGUGGCAGAGCUGGAGAGCAAACUAGGAAAGGCAGUGGAGAGAAGCACUGCAAGGGCCCUGAAAGCCGUGCAGGAGGAGGUGGAGAGGAUUCCGAGUGAGAAGCUGGCCACCUUACAGAGCCACGUGGAAGCGGCCCCACAUGCAACGCCCCCUCCAGAGGAACUGGCCUGCCCCUGGACUUCCACCCUGCAGGACCUCUCCCAGGAAGUUCAAGCUCUGCAGAGAUCUUUGGAGAGCAUGCAGGUGUCCCUGCGGCAUGACCGCCAGCACUCCGCAGCAGACCUGGAGGGCAUAAAGUCCCAAGUGGAGAAAGCAGCGCAGGGCUCCUGGUCCGAGAGCAACGUGGCAGAGCUGGAGAGCAAACUAGGAAAGGCAGUGGAGAGAAACACUGCAAGGGCCCUGGAAGCCGUGCAGGAGGAGGUGGAGAGGAUUCUGAGUGAGAAGCUGGCCACCUUACAGAGCCACGUGGAAGCGGCCCCACGUGCAACGCCCCCUCCAGAGGAACUGGCCUGCCCCUGGACUUCCACCCUGCAUGGCCUCUGCCAGGAAGUUCAAGCUCUGCAGAGAUCUUUGGAGAGCAUGCAGGUGUCCCUGCAGCGUGACCGCCAGCACUCCGCAGCAGACCUGGAGGGCAUAAAGUCCCAAGUGGAGAAAGCAGCGCAGGGCUCCUGGUCCGAGAGCAACGUGGCAGAGCUGGAGCGCAAACUAGGAAAGGCAGUGGAGAGAAACACUGCAAGGGCCCUGGAAGCCGUGCAGGAGGAGGUGGAGAGGAUUCUGAGUGAGAAGCUGGCCACCUUACAGAGCCACGUGGAAGCGGCCCCACGUGCAACGCCCCCUCCAGAGGAACUGGCCUGCCCCUGGACUUCCACCCUGCAGGACCUCUCCCAGGAAGUUCAAGCUCUGCAGAGAUCUUUGGAGAGCAUGCAGGUGUCCCUGCAGCGUGACCGCCAGCACUCCGCAGCAGACCUGGAGGGCAUAAAGUCCCAAGUGGAGAAAGCAGCGCAGGGCUCCUGGUCCGAGAGCAACGUGGCAGAGCUGGAGAGCAAACUAGGAAAGGCAGUGGAGAGAAACACUGCAAGGGCCCUGGAAGCCGUGCAGGAGGAGGUGGAGAGGAUUCUGAGUGAGAAGCUGGCCACCUUACAGAGCCACGUGGAAGCGGCCCCACGUGCAACGCCCCCUCCAGAGGAACUGGCCUGCCCCUGGACUUCCACCCUGCACGGCCUCUCCCAGGAAGUUCAAGCUCUGCAGAGAUCUUUGGAGAGCAUGCAGGUGUCCCUGCAGCGUGACCGCCAGCACUCCGCAGCAGACCUGGAGGGCAUAAAGUCCCAAGUGGAGAAAGCAGCGCAGGGCUCCUGGUCCGAGAGCAACGUGGCAGAGCUGGAGAGCAAACUAGGAAAGGCAGUGGAGAGAAACACUGCAAGGGCCCUGGAAGCCGUGCAGGAGGAGGUGGAGAGGAUUCUGAGUGAGAAGCUGGCCACCUUACAGAGCCACGUGGGCGCCCCACGUGCAACGCCCCCUCCAGAGGAACUGGCCUGCCCCUGGACUUCCACCCUGCAGGACCUCUCCCAGGAAGUUCAAGCUCUGCAGAGAUCUUUGGAGAGCAUGCAGGUGUCCCUGCAGCGUGACCGCCAGCACUCCGCAGCAGACCUGGAGGGCAUAAAGUCCCAAGUGGAGAAAGCAGCGCAGGGCUCCUGGUCCGAGAGCAACGUGGCAGAGCUGGAGAGCAAACUAGGAAAGGCAGUGGAGAGAAACACUGCAAGGGCCCUGGAAGCCAUGCAGGAGGAGGUGGAGAGGAUUCUGAGUGAGAAGCUGGCCACCUUACAGAGCCACGUGGAAGCGGCCCCACGUGCAACGCCCCCUCCAGAGGAACUGGCCUGCCCCUGGACUUCCACCCUGCAUGGCCUCUCCCAGGAAGUUCAAGCUCUGCAGAGAUCUUUGGAGAGCAUGCAGGUGUCCCUGCAGCGUGACCGCCAGCACUCCGCAGCAGACCUGGAGGGCAUAAAGUCCCAAGUGGAGAAAGCAGCGCAGGGCUCCUGGUCCGAGAGCAACGUGGCAGAGCUGGAGAGCAAACUAGGAAAGGCAGUGGAGAGAAACACUGCAAGGGCCCUGGAAGCCGUGCAGGAGGAGGUGGAGAGGAUUCUGAGUGAGAAGCUGGCCACCUUACAGAGCCACGUGGAAGCGGCCCCACGUGCAACGCCCCCUGCAGAGGAACUGGCCUGCCCCUGGACUUCCACCCUGCAGGACCUCUCCCAGGAAGUUCAAGCUCUGCAGAGAUCUUUGGAGAGCAUGCAGGUGUCCCUGCAGCGUGACCGCCAGCACUCCGCAGCAGACCUGGAGGGCAUAAAGUCCCAAGUGGAGAAAGCAGCGCAGGGCUCCUGGUCCGAGAGCAACGUGGCAGAGCUGGAGAGCAAACUAGGAAAGGCAGUGGAGAGAAACACUGCAAGGGCCCUGGAAGCCGUGCAGGAGGAGGUGGAGAGGAUUCUGAGUGAGAAGCUGGCCACCUUACAGAGCCACGUGGAAGCGGCCCCACGUGCAACGCCCCCUGCAGAGGAACUGGCCUGCCCCUGGACUUCCACCCUGCAGGACCUCUCCCAGGAAGUUCAAGCUCUGCAGAGAUCUUUGGAGAGCAUGCAGGUGUCCCUGCAGCGUGACCGCCAGCACUCCGCAGCAGACCUGGAGGGCAUAAAGUCCCAAGUGGAGAAAGCAGCGCAGGGCUCCUGGUCCGAGAGCAACGUGGCAGAGCUGGAGAGCAAACUAGAAGUUAUGGAAAUGCCAUAUCGCACAGUUGAUGUCACCCUGGAUGCUGACACGGCUCAUCCCAGACUGGAAGUCUCUCAAGAUGGGAAGAGUGUGAAAGAUACUGGCAAUAUCAGAAAUGUGCCCAGGACAGAGAAGAGAUUUGAUUCCCACCUCUUUGUUUUGGCAAAGGAAGGAUACACAUCUGGGAAAUACUAUUGGGAAGUGGAUGUUGGAAAGCGGAGAAACUGGGAUGUGGGCAUUGCCCGGGAGCCCGUGACUCAGACCAGCCAAAGCAAGGCACAAUUUGGAGCAAAGCUGGGAGCAGCGGAGUCACCAAGCACAGCUCGGAGCCACCGCUCAGAGGACAUUGCAGGGGCAGGGGGGCCAGAUGUCAGCCAUAAAGGAGAACAUUUGCCCCUGCCAGGAGGAAGGGUGGACUCGCAGGAGAGAGGCCCGAGUCUCCAUUCACAGCAGACCGAUGAGGAAAGAAGACCAGAAAGACAGGGAACACACAACAGAAGAGGAGGAGGUGGACCACCAUCCAAAGAGGGAGAGGAGAUGUCUCUGAGCACAGAGACCAGCCAAAGCAAGGCACAAUUUGGAGCAAAGCUGGGAGCAGCGGAGUCACCAAGCACAGCUCGGAGCCACCGCUCAGAGGACAUUGCAGGGGCAGGGGGGCCAGAUGUCAGCCAUAAAGGAGAACAUUUGCCCCUGCCAGGAGGAAGGGUGGACUCGCAGGAGAGAGGCCCGAGUCUCCAUUCACAGCAGACCGAUGAGGAAAGAAGACCAGAAAGACAGGGAAGACACAACAGAAGAGGAGGAGGUGGACCACCAUCCAAAGAGGGAGAGGAGAUGUCUCUGAGCACAGGAAAGGCAGUGGAGAGAAAGGCAACAAGGGAAAUCAUACAAGAGGAGGUGGAGAGGAUUCUGAGUAAGAAGCUGGCCACCUUACAGAGCCACGUGGAAGCAGCCCCACGUGCAACGCCCCCUCCAGAGGAACUGGCCUACCCCUGGACUUCCACCCUGCACGGCCUCUCCCAGGAAGUUCAAGCUCUGCAGAGAUCUUUGGAGAGCAUGCAGGUGUCCCUGCAGCGUGACCGCCAGCACUCCGCAGCAGACCUGGAGGGCAUAAAGUCCCAAGUGGAGAAAGCAGCGCAGGGCUCCUGGUCCGAGAGCAACGUGGCAGAGCUGGAGAGCAAACUAGGAAAGGCAGUGGAGAGAAACACUGCAAGGGCCCUGGAAGCCAUGCAGGAGAAGGUGGACAGGAUUCUGAGUGAGAAGCUGGCCACCUUACAGAGCCACGUGGAAGCGGCCCCACGUGCAACGCCCCCUCCAGAGGAACUGGCCUACCCCUGGACUUCCACCCUGCAUGGCCUCUCCCAGGAAGUUCAAGCUCUGCAGAGAUCUUUGGAGAGCAUGCAGGUGUCCUUUCAGCAUGCCCACAAGCACUCCGCAGCAGACCUGGAGGGCAUAAAGUCCCAAGUGGAGAAAGCAGCGCAGGGCUCCUGGUCCGAGAGCAACGUGGCAGAGCUGGAGAGCAAACUAGGAAAGGCAGUGGAGAGAAACACUGCAAGGGCCCUGGAAGCCGUGCAGGAGGAGGUGGAGAGGAUUCUGAGUGAGAAGCUGACCACCUUACAGAGCCACGUGGAAGCGGCCCCACGUGCAACGCCCCCUCCAGAGGAACUGGCCUACCCCUGGACUUCCACCCUGCACGGCCUCUCCCAGGAAGUUCAAGCUCUGCAGAGAUCUUUGGAGAGCAUGCAGGUGUCCCUGCAGCGUGACCGCCAGCACUCCGCAGCAGACCUGGAGGGCAUAAAGUCCCAAGUGGAGAAAGCAGCGCAGGGCUCCUGGUCCGAGAGCAACGUGGCAGAGCUGGAGAGCAAACUAGAAUUUGUCAAAAGGCAGCGUUACACAGUUGAUGUCACCCUGGAUGCUGACACGGCUCAUCCCAGACUGGAAGUCUCUCAAGAUGGGAAGAGUGUGAAAGAUACUGGCAAUAUCAGAAAUGUGCCCAGGACAGAGAAGAGAUUUGAUUCCCACCUCUUUGUUUUGGCAAAGGAAGGAUACACAUCUGGGAAAUACUAUUGGGAAGUGGAUGUUGGAAAGAGGAGAAACUGGGAUGUGGGCAUUGCCCGGGAGCCCGUGACUCGUGAGGGGACACUGACUCUGUCCCCAGAGAAUGGCUUCUGGGUCAUAGGGUUAGUGGAUGGGCAAGACUAUUGGGCCCGCAAAGUUCCUUGGACUCGUUUGGCUGUGAGUGGGAAACCCAGAAAGAUUGGGAUCUUCCUGGAUGUCUCAGCCAAGCAGUUGUCAUUUUAUAAUGUUCACAAGAAAACAGUUGUGUACACUUUCACCUUUGACAGAGACAGCAGCCAGGAAGAGAAGUUCUUUCCCUUCUUCUCUACAGGGUCCACUGCUACAAAGCCUGACACUGAGCCAUUGAAAAUAGUCCAGGGGUUUGAUGAUGAUGAAUAG